AUGGAGGCGGAACUCCAGGCCAAAAUUCCUGGUCUUGACCAUGUCAUCUCCGAAUAUUCGGUGGGCUACUUGACCCAUGCUUCGAAUCUUUAUGUCGAAGAUGUCAAUGCCCCAUCGCCCCUUACAGAAGCCGCCGAGACUGUAACCGAACUGCUCGUCUCUGCCUCGGGAGAUUUCUCUUCUCAAAACCGCGAUGCAAUCAGCAACUUGGUGGAAAAGUUUAUCACAUCUUUAAGUGUUUCCAAUGGAGUUGAUGCGGAACGGAGGCAAAUGCCUUUCGCGGCCAAAAAGCUCGAUCAGGCUAUCAAUGUUGGCUCCCAACGGAACAUGUCUUCAACCCUUGGACUGUCAGGCACGACCGUGGACUUGGAGUCGGCCAAUGCCAGGAAGGUCGAGUCCCGUGUGGACAAGAAGAAAUUGGAGAAGGCCGAACGGAAGAUUCGAGCCAAGCAAGAAAAGAAGCAGAUGAAGACUGUACAGUACGAGUCUUCUCGUUUGCUCAACCAGCCAGACGAGACUAUGACCUACGAAGAGUUCUUCAUGACUGUCAACCCUCUUCAAUUGGGCUCAGACUCGCAAUCAAAAAGCAAGGAUGUCAAGCUGGACAAUAUCGACAUUUCGGUUGGUGGUAUGCGCAUUCUGACCGAUGCUGCUUUGACGCUCGCCUAUGGUCGUCGGUAUGGUCUUGUGGGUCAGAACGGUAUCGGUAAAUCGACUCUGUUGCGGGCUUUGAGUCGGAGAGAAGUCGCCAUUCCAAAUCACAUUUCUAUUCUCCACGUUGAACAAGAGAUUACGGGUGAUGAUACCCCGGCGCUUCAAGCUGUCUUGGAUGCCGAUGUAUGGCGGAAGCAUCUAUUGGCGGAACAAGAUAAAAUCUCGAAACAAUUGGCUGUCAUCGAAGAGGAAAGAUCGUCGCUGGCAGAUACUUCCCAGGAUGCGGCUAGACUGGAUCACGAACGGGAAGGCCUGGAUAUAACUUUGAGUGAUAUCUAUUCUAAGCUGUCUGAGAUGGAAUCCGACAAGGCAGAAUCACGGGCCGCUAGUAUUCUGGCUGGUCUUGGUUUCUCCCAGGAACGACAGCAGUAUGCCACCAAGACAUUUUCUGGUGGUUGGCGAAUGCGUCUUGCUUUGGCUCGUGCUCUAUUUUGCGAGCCGGAUCUGUUACUUCUUGACGAACCGUCGAACAUGUUGGAUGUUCCGUCCAUCACCUUCUUAUCGAACUAUCUUCAGGGAUAUCCUAGCACCGUUCUGGUUGUGUCUCACGAUCGUGCUUUCUUGAACGAAGUUGCCACCGAUAUUGUUCACCAGCACUCUGAACGAUUGGAUUACUACAAGGGUGCUAACUUUGAAUCUUUCUAUGCCACAAAAGAGGAACGAAGGAAGAUGGCCAAGCGCGAAUAUGAGAAACAAAUGGCUGAAAGAGCACAUCUCCAAGCUUUCAUUGACAAAUUCCGUUACAAUGCAGCCAAGUCUUCGGAAGCCCAGUCGAGAAUCAAGAAACUUGAGCGCAUGCCCGUUCUUGAAGCACCAGAGAGCGAAUAUGUUGUACACUUCCAGUUCCCAGAUGUGGAAAAACUUUCGCCUCCUAUCGUUCAAAUGACCGAAGUCUGCUUCGGUUACACCAAGGAAAGGCCACUUCUUAAGGAUGUCGAUCUCGAUGUCCAGCUCGAUUCACGUAUUGGAAUUGUCGGACCCAAUGGUGCUGGUAAAACCACCAUGUUGAAGCUUCUUACGAACCAGUUGCAACCCACAAAGGGUUUGAUCUCCGCACACUCUCGGUUGCGUAUCGGUUUCUUCGCCCAGCACCACGUGGAUGCGCUGGACUUGACUACCAGCGCUGUUAGCUUCAUGGCGAAGACGUACCCUGGCAAGACUGAUGAGGAGUAUCGAAGACAUUUGGGCGCUUUCGGUAUUACCGGUACUACUGGCCUCCAGCGCAUGGAACUUCUUUCAGGAGGUCAAAAGUCUCGUGUUGCAUUCGCAUGCUUGUCGCUGACCAACCCCCAUAUCCUGGUUCUUGACGAGCCUUCUAACCACUUGGAUAUUGAAGGUAUGGAUGCACUGUCUGAUGCCCUCCAAAGGUUUGAGGGUGGUGUGGUCAUGGUUUCACACGACGUGACUAUGUUACAAAACGUGUGUACCAGUCUCUGGGUCUGCGACAAGGGCACUGUACACAAAUUCGACGGCGAUGUCAAGGCUUAUAAGAAGAUGAUCAGCUCGCAGGCCGACGAAGCCGGGGUUGUAGCAAAACAUUAG